AGGGACCCAGCUAGAGUGUCCCAGAUUUCUGAUCAGUGCUCUGCAUGAGGGCCAGGGCUGGACAAACUUAGCAGAGAUGCAGAGCCCUGCUUGGAAAGAGCUUCGUGUUCUCCCGCACUCUUUACCUCCUCUCCACCACUCUUUCUGGGCUGGACCCGCUGGUGUGAUGGAGCUUUGAGAGCUUCUGGCUCCUGCCACUUUGCUUUGUUCUAUAAUGACCUGUUGAAGUGGAAGUUGAGGUGGUCUCUCAGCUGCAUCUGGUCAGGCCUUCAGCUUCUCUCACUCACGCAUUCAUAAAUAGCCACAACUGACGCACCUGCAACCAUGAUGAGGAGAUUUCUGAAAAGCCAGAAGGGCCGGUUCUCUCUUCGCCAGAGCCGGUCGGGCUCGCGCAGCGCCUCCAAAGACUUCUACCCAAAUCCUCAAAUUCUCAGGGACAUUCCCUUAAACAUUGAGCUGGCCCUGCCAACAACUAACCAGGGCUGGCCUGAGGACUUUGGCUUCAAGCUAGGAGGUGAUGGACCCAGCUACAUCCUCUCUGUGGUGGAGGGAAGCAGUGCCUAUAUGGCAGGACUUCAGCCUGGUGACCAAGUGCUGGAGCUUGAUGGGCAAAAUGUUUCUUCCCUCAGCACCAAAGCUCUUAUUGCCCUGGCCCAAACCUUAAAGACUGUGCCUCCCAGCAUUGGAGUGGUGUCCCGCAUUGAACAGGUGGACAUUUCCCCAGGGCCUGAUGGGCGCUUUGGCUUUACUAUCGUUGGAGACUCCCCACUGUUGGUGGAGGACUGUCUGCCCAACUCUCCAGCAGGCCGCAGCGGUCUACGGGCGGGUGACUAUGUGAUGGAGGUGAAUGGAAUUCCGGUGAAGCAGCAUGAGACGGCGGCAGCCAUGAUUAAAACGUCUCAGGGACGAACGCUGCGUCUGGGCGUGCUUAGAAUGAACCGCUUCCAGAAGCGCACCAGCAGCAGUAUGAAGGAGACCUAUCAUAGCGGAGACAUGAUCCGGCAGGACCGCAAGCACAAGGCCCUAGAGUUCAACAAGAAGGUUGAGGAGAUCUUAGGAGAUGAGCCUGUGGUGAAGGAGAGGCUGUUUGACCUGCUGAAACAGUAUGCUUCAGAGAGGGACGUGGAGGGGCUGGCCUCGACCCUGCCUGAGAUACUCAUCACUGAGGAGCAUCAGCAGCUGAUUGACAGCAUCAGGAUCUUCAUCCCCAAGAAGCACCGGCAGCGCUUUGACGACGUGGUCUCACAGAGCCUCAUCAGCCGCCUGAGGGGGCGCAGCUUCAGUGAGCACCGGCACAAUCGCCUGCGCCGCAGCCGAAGCGAGGACCACCCUGAGCGUCUGUUGGUGUCCACCCGGGCUAGCUCCGUGCCCCGCGCUGCCAAUGAGGACAACGUCCUCCCCCCGUCCCGCGGCCUCCGCAAGACCACCUCACUCAUCGCUGGUCACUCCAAUGUCAUCACCAACCGCAGGACCGUGCGGGUCUAUAAAGGGAACCAGAGCUUUGGUUUCACUCUACGUGGGCAUGCUCCCGUUUGGAUCGACUCAGUCAUUCCAGGUAGCCCCGCUGAGAAAGCAGGCCUCAAACCUGGAGAUCGCAUCCUGUUUCUCAAUGGGCUGGACAUGAGGAGUUGUUCCCAUGAAAAGGUAGUGUCCAUGCUACAGGGCAGUGGGGCCAUGCCCUCGCUGGUGGUUGAGGACGGGCCUCCAGUUUUCACACUGGCAGAACCUGAGCCUCUGGAGGCGUCUCCGCGCUCUCGUUCUCCUGUGCUCAGCUCCCUGCAGUGGGUGGCGGAGAUCCUGCCGCCCAGCAUCCGUGUGCAAGGCCGCACCUUCAGCCAGCAGCUGGAGCAUCUGCUCACCCUGCAGGAGAGAUACACCAUCUGCAAGGCUUUGGAGGCCUUCUUUCAGCACAGGAAUGUGGAUACUCUGAUCGUGGAUGUGUUACCAGUACUGGAUACUCCAGCUAAGCAGGUGAUCUGGCAGUUUAUUUACCAGCUGCUGACCUAUGAGGAGCAGGAGCACUGCCAGAACAAGAUUUCACGCUUCCUUGGCUAUAAAGUCACACUGUCCGUGGCAGAGCCCGAACACCCAGCCCCAGAACCCCACCGGCGCAGUAGCUCUAUGAAGGUGACAGGUACCACCUACCGGAGCAGCGUGAGAGGACGCAGCUCAGAUGACCUGGUCAUUGGCACUCACCUGGGAAUGGGGAUCCGCACUGAGCCUGUGGAGCUUGCCCCAAUGAGACUGGCUCCUGGAGAAAGACAGUCUGGAGAUGGGACAUCUCUACCAGAGACACCCAACAAUCUCACUAAUCUGUCUGCUGUGUAUGCUGAGCUGGAGAAUGUGUACGCAGGAAAGAGAUCCAAAUCCCUGAAGAGCCGCCCUCCUCCUGCUCCCGAAACACUGCUGGAUGCCUACCCCCACUCUUCCAGCCAGUCCAUCAGAGCUCACUCCUCCUCUCCUUCUGUACGGGCUACUUCAGGCAGUCGUAAGGUAGUGACGUCUGUCCAGCCUCCCCCUCCUCCUCCUCCUCCGCCCCCACCUCCCCAGCCUGUAGCCUGGACAGAGCCCUUACCCAGUCCUCAGUGUCCCUGCUAUCCUCCAGAGCCUCCGUCCCAAGGGAGUAUAGAGUCCAACCCCUACAUGAGCUUGGACAGCCCUCCACUCUCACCCCCCUCUCCCCCAGACUACCCUCCAAGCCCCCCGGACUAUCCACCUAGCCCUCCCAUACGUAAGAAGCGCUACACGUUCUCCCGUCCCCCCCGCAGUGCUGACACAGACCUGUUCAUGGAAGCCCUCACUGAGCAGCUGGGCCAACAGCUGUCUGUGGACGACUUCCUGUCUCCUGAGAACGACUAUGAGGAGGAUGUGGUCCAGAUGACUCUUCAGGAUGAAGAAGAGGAAGUGGAUGAGGAAGAUGAGGAAGAAGAUGAAGGCCCAUAUAUCCCUCCUGAACUGAGCAGUGCCAGCGAGAUGCACAGCAGCAGUGAGGAUGCUAGCUCGCUCACCUAUUCGUCUAGUUCUGAGCACAUCCCUCCUCCACCUCUCACACCUCCUCCCCCACCGCCAGUCCAGUUUAAUGACCCACCCCCACCAGCUGGAUACACCCCUGAUCAUGCACCUCGACAGCUCACCUUCCGCCGUCACCCAGGACCUCCUCCUCCUCCCCCUCCUAGGGCUAAUCUGCCCCUAAAACGGCAGUCUAUUCACAAAGUGCUCCCUACUCGGGAGGACAUCAUGGCUCAUCAGAUUCUACAGGAGCACCAGUCUCUACCGGCUCAGCCCACAGCCCCCAGCUGCCACACACAGCACCCUUUACAGCAGAUGCACCAGUCCCUGCCCCCAUUGCCAUCACCAGAUUUGUCUCCAUCAUCAGUCCCUAGCCAUGCGUUGUACCAAAUGCAUCAUCAGACUAAUCAUAGUCAGCAGGCUCAACAUGGUUAUCAGAUUCAUCCAAGUCAUCAGGCUCAACAGAGUCACCAAGCUCAACACAGCCAUCAUGGUCAUCAGGCUCAACAGAGCCAUCAAAUGCAUCAAAGCCAUCAUCAAAGCCAUCAUCAAACUCGCCAUACUCAUCAGACUCAGCUCUCCAGCUCCAUGGACAGACUUGAUAGGAUUGAAAGGAUGGAACGGUCUGAUAGACAUAUCUAUGAAAUUCACCAACCUCAACCCAUGCAUCCUGGUCAGCAGCCUCAACAUGCUCAUCAUCAAGGUCACCAAGCCCACCUCUCCAGCUCCAUGGACAGGCUGGACAGACUGGAGAGGAUGGAGCGCUUGGAACGGAUGGAAAGAAUGGAACUGAUAGAAAGGUUGGAGAGAGCUGACAGACAAAUGCAUCAAGUUGACCUGUGUCAACCCACCUCUCAAUUGAGUCACCAUGCACAACAGCUCCAUCAGGCUAAUCAGCUGCAACAUGUUCAUCCCAGUCAAAAGCACCACCAAAGCCACCAAAUCCACCAGACCCACCAAGUCUACCCACCAACCCAACCUCCUCCACCUGUUCAACAGCCUCAUCACAUCCAUCAGAUCCACCACAUCCAUCAGACUCAGCCUGUGCAGUCUGCCCCUCAGUAUCAUAUCAUCCACCAACCCCAUCAACCUCAGCAACCCCACCAGAUCCUUUCCACCUUCCAGCCUCAGCCACCACCCCAGCCCCCACCUCAGCAGCCACAACAACAGCAGCAGCAACAUCAGCAGCAACACCCAACCCAUCAGGUCCACCCUUCUGCCCAAGCCAGACAGAGUCCUCAUCCUAUGCACCACCAACAUCACCAGCAUCACCAUGACACUCAUCCUCAACCACAGGCUCAACCCCCUCCUCACCCCCAGCCUCAGCCUCAGCCCCACCACCAAAAAGCGUCCCCUGUGGAGCCCCCUCCACCUCCACCAUUACCUCCUCCAUGUGUGCCCCCUCCUUUGCCCCGAUCUUCACCGCAAAAAUCAGAUUCUAGCCACAUGAGUGUGAAGAGACUGCGUUGGGAGCAGGUGGAGAACUCUGAAGGAACUAUCUGGGGGCAGCUGGGAGAGGACUCAGAUUACGACAAGCUGAGUGACAUGGUGAAAUAUCUGGAUCUGGAGUUGCAUUUUGGUACACAAAAGACCCCCAUCUCUGUUCCAGAACCCACACCUCAGCCUGAGACAUUCAAAAAGAAAGAUGUGGUUGAGAUUCUUUCCCAUAAGAAAGCCUACAAUGCCUCUAUCUUGAUUGCCCAUCUGAAGCUGUCUCCAGGUGAGCUGCGUCAGGUGCUGAUGACCAUGUCGACCGAACGCCUGGAGCCGGCACACAUCAAACAGUUGCUCCUAUAUGCACCGGAUGAGGAUGAGGUCAAACAGUAUGAGCAGUACAGCGAUGACCCCAGCAAGCUUAGUGAGCCUGAUCAGUUUGUCCUUCAGAUGCUAUCAGUGCCUGAAUACAAGACCCGAUUGAAGAGCCUGCAUUUUAAGAGCACACUGCAGGAGAAAACUGAAGAGAUGAGAGGAGGCUAUGACUGCAUCUACAAGGCCUCCCUGGAGCUCAAGAACAGCAAAAAACUGGCAAAGAUUCUGGAGUUUGUCCUUGCCAUGGGAAAUUACUUGAACAAUGGCCAGCCCAAAGGUAGUAAGACUACUGGCUUCAAAAUCAAUUUUCUCACUGAACUUGGCACGACCAAAACAGUGGAUGGAAAAUCUACUUUCCUGCAUAUACUCGUCAAAUCAUUGUGCCAACACUUCCCUGAGGUAAUGGACUUUGCCAAAGAGCUCAAUACAGUGCCUCUCGCGGCCAAAGUGAAUCAGAGGAACAUCACCUCAGAUCUCAACGACCUGCACAACACCAUCCAGGACAUCCGCUCAGCCUGCCAAAAGAUGCCGGCCACUGCUGAGGACCGCUUUGCUGUUGUUAUGAGCGGUUUUCUGGAGAACAGCCACCCUGCAGUACAGUCUCUGGAGUCACUACAGCAGAGGGCUAUGGAAGAGUUCUGUAAGGUGGCCUCUUUCUUCGGUGAAGAUGGCAAGGCCACCACGACGGAGGCUUUCUUUGGCAUUUUUGCCGAAUUCAUCUCUAAGUUUGAUAGAGCUCUAAUGGAUAACCAAGCCUCUGAGAAUCCUCCACGCAGCCCCCGGAGCCCCCGCAUGGCCUCUCCUCUGGCUUGGUGAGGAGAUACACAUACAUGUUCACACAUUUACGAAUAUUAACUUCCAUAUAAAUAUUAACUUCCCCUCUGGAUUUUUGAAACACAGAAAUAUGUUAUACACACAAGUGAAAACAAAUGCGGGCAGAAUACACACCAGACAAACUGUUAAUCUUCACAAUUGUACAUAUAAGUUUAUAGUUCUGGCCUAGGCUACGUGGAGUUUUUCAAGCAAAUCAGUAUUCAGGUUUAAAAAAGAGGAAAUGAAUGGUAUACAGCGGAAGAUUGGUGUAUGCGGCAUAGACAAAUCAGGAACAUUUCUCAAAUCAGAAGCGUGCCGUACAUAUGUAUUUAGAUUUGCAUUUAGGUGUGGUAAGUUAUGUGAACAGAACUGUGAGUGAAAUCUUUCAUAAAUGACACAUCUGGUCAAAGUGUAUCUGUAUAGUUUUGGGGAUGGACAUCCUUUUUGCAUUAAGAAUUCAUGAGGGCUUUGUUAAGCUGAUUCAACUGAUUCUUCUAGAAUGUACUUACGUAGAACAUGGACACUCUGGGUAGACCUUCGAGUGUUAUAGAGAUAUACUGCUGAUUUAAGAUUGUUCAAAUCAAUGUUUUAAGUAAUAAAGUGAACUCUCACAAGUGGGAUGUUUAGAUGCAUUAUAAUAUGAAAUGAAUUAAUAAGAGGUCAUAGUUUAUAGAUCUAUUAUAAAACCACAUAUUUAUUGAUUUUUGUUCUUUCUGUACUGCUUUGCUUUUUUGCGGGCAUCCAUAAUGAAUGCAUAUGCAAUUUGUGGUUUUACACAGAAGUAGUUCAAAGGUUUUAUGUUUGUCAGUGAAGAAAAUCUUUCGUGCAAACUGUUGUUUAUCUCUGUCUGUCAUCACACUGAGCCUGGGAUCAUGAUUUUGUUAUGAUCUUGCAGAUAUUGUGCUUUAAAUGUAAACAAAACAAGUUGCUGUGUUAAGAAUCCUUUAUGUUCCAUUAAUAAUUUAACCUCUGUGGAAAUUCCAAGAUGGGGGGAAAGCAAAUGUAGCACCGGUUUUAAAAAUCUAUCUUUUCUUGUUUUCUUCAUUUUUUUUUUUAUUCAUAUAUUCAAAACAUGUUAAUUCUUUCAACCUGUAAAUCCUAAAUAUGGAGUAGUCUUUUAUUUAUUUAUUUUUAUUUAUUAGAUUUUUUUUUCCUGUUGGUGUUCCCUUUAUGUCAUAAGUAAAUGUACUUAAGUCAGUGUAAAUGUUAUAUGUAUUGUCCUUGUUGUAGCUGUUUACAAUCAGAUUUAGGGCCCCAGGGGGGGUUGCAAUAAAAGCAAAAAUGAUUUUGAUCACAUGGUUGUCAGUAUUAGAAAUAGACCUGUGAUCCACUGUAUUCAUAAAAUAUGUCUUAAUUGUUUCUUAAAAGCAAAAAAGGAACAUUUCUGGUAUGUCCUAUAUGAUAUAAUAAAGUAUUUGUUCUAAAUGUUUUCUGUUUUUUGUUGGUUUUUGUUUCUGCCUUAAUAGUAGUUGCUUUACAGAUAGUUUACAGACCCUUUCCUGGUUUCCUUCAUAAAGCUCACCUGUUGGCCUCAUAUUUGUUAUAUAGACAUCCCAUUUGUUGCUGUUUUGAAGCAAACAAUAGUGGUUGGUGUAGCACAAUGGCAGCAUCACUGAGUGGGGUUCAGGUUCCCUGCCCUGACCACCAAUCCUUGAACAAGACUCUUAACGUUGUGUUCAUCUACCACUGUAACUUUGAUCAAUUUUACGUUGCACUUGGUAAGAGCAUUUGCCAAAUACAUAAACACUGUAAUAUUGUUAAUAGCUCCUGAGAGCAGUGUUUAUCUUGCCUUGGCCCUGAGAAUUUUCCUGGAUGUUCUAAAUUGGGAACGAUGCCAAGGAGUUGAUGAUUGUAGUUGGCAAUGAUUAAUGUACUGUAAUACCACGCACUUGUAUACAGAGUUUUAAUAUGCAAUCUUUUCAGCUGAGUAUCAGUACCACAAGCAGUUUGAUGUGUUAUAUAUAUAUAUUGCUGUGGUUUAAAAGAGUUUAUUUAAUGGUUUCUUUGCUUUAUGCUCAGAAGUUUUCUUAUGCUGCUGUCACUGUACUAUGUAUAACUUACUGUGGAUAAUUGCUGUUGCAACAUUGUUCUGUUACCUUUGCGAUAAUAAAACCUCCUUACAUUUUAA